AUGCCGGCCUAUCGUAUUGUUUUAUUUAAACUGAAGAAAGAUGUUUCGGAAGCUCAGGUUGAACAAUUUAUAAAUGAAUCCAAGGAAGAGGGACGAAAGGUUCCAGGAGUCUUGUCUCUAGAAAUAGGCCCAGCUCUCGAUAUGCAGAGAACUAAAGGAUACGAUAUGGGUAUCAUCCUCCAGGUGGAGACCCCGGAACAUCUUGCAUCGUUCGCAAAGGAUGCACGUCAUCUCAGGCUACAUGAGUUGCGCGAACAGAUUACAGAGGACAGCCUUGCAUUCAAUCUGGCUUUCUAA